AAACUUCCUUCCACUCUCCUCCACCGACACGCUUGCGAAGUCUUUGCCUCCCACAUCGAGCUGCUUAAUCAAUGACCAUACAAUGACAUCAACACAACCAGUAGGACAAGGCAAACGCCGCCGCUUCCGGUCGGCAUGCCGCGGCGGCCGCCUCAAGCAAUAACCAUCCAAUGAGACACUCUGUUAUGACGGUGAAUCAUUGUGCACCAUCGUGACCCUCACAAAGACCGGCGGCUGUACGUUCACAUUGCUCGUAUUGUGGGUAGCAAAAGUCCGGGAUCGAGAAAUCGGUAGUCACACGGGAGCCUAACGGGCGCCGUAACACGUACCUGUAACCCCGCUCCUCUUCCUCAAUCCCUCUCUACGACAGUCCCGCAACAAUGUCGCCCACCGAGGAGAAGAUUAUGGCCCACGCAGGUGCCCUGGAAGAGGUAGGGAAAUCCGAAGUCGCUGAGAUCGAGGAGGCACAAGGAGACGCGGCGGCCGCGGAGAAAUUGCUGGAGGAGAAGAGGCUCGUCAGAAAGCUCGACGUGCGCAUUAUGCCAAUCGCCUGCAUACUCUACCUCUUUGCGUAUUUGGACCGAAGCAAUCUUGGGAACGCACGCCUCCAAGGGCUCCCGCAAGAUGCGCUGGGAGGCGAUCCCACGGGCAAUCUGUAUGGCUGGGUCAAUUCGGUUUUCUUCAUUUCAUACAUCCUCUGCCAAAUUCCCGCAACGGUCAUCUCGAAGCUGUUUCCUCCCCGUACAUGGAUAGGUUGCUUCGCAAUCGGCUGGGGGGUCUGCUCGACGCUCUGUGCCGCCGCGUUCGAUUUCGCAGGGCUCGUCUGCGCCCGCCUCGGGCUCGGAGUAUUCGAAGCAGGAUUCGGACCCGGCAUUCCCCUCUACAUGUCACUUUUCUACACGAAAGAGGAGAUGGGCCUGCGCAUGGCAUACUGGUUCGGCUUCGCGGCGGUCGCGGGCGCAUUCGGCGGCCUCAUCGCCUUCGGAGUUCAGCAUGCCCAUGCUGCCAUAGCGAACUGGCGAUUGUUGUUCUUGAUUGAGGGGUCGCCAACGAUUCUGUUGGGCAUCGCGACGUUGUUUUUGCUACCGAACCGUCCGGAAGAGACCAGCUAUUUGACCGAAGAUGAGAGAGCGCUUGCAAUUCAGCGAAUGAAUAGAGGAACCUCCGGUGAUACAGGGAGGGUGUUGAAGAAAAAGCACAUUUUGGCUGCGUUUCUGGACUGGCGGAUAUACGCUGUGGGAGUGAUCUACUUCGGAGCAAACUGCGCCCUGGCGUCCAUCUCCGCAUUCCUACCCACCAUCAUAGCCACGUUUGGUUACACCGACGCCGUCGCUCAGCUCCUCACCGUCCCGCCUUACGCAGUCGCGGCCGUCUUCCUAUGCCUCAACUCCUACGUCUCCGAUCGCCUGCAGAGCCGCGGCGUCUUCGUGGCCUAUGUGAGCGCCGUGGGCGGGCUUGGCUACAUCUUGCUCCUCACAGUCAUGGGUAACACGCACGUCCGCUACUUCGCCGUGUUCUGCAUCACGAGUGGGACGUACACUGUCAUCGGGAUCGUCAUCGCGUGGUUCUCGCACAACUUGGGCUCGGAGACGAAGCGGGCGACGGGUAUACCGAUGUACAUGGCCAUCGGCCAGUGCGGGAGUAUCCUGGGCUCGAAGAUCUACCCCACGACGGACGGGCCGCACUACAUCAAAGGACUUGCUGUGUGCUGCGCCCUCCUGAUUCUCUCCUCUCUGGUCGCCCUCGUCCUCUCGAUCUCCUACCGUCUGGAGAACAGUCGCAGGGACAAGCUCUACGGCAGGCCAGACCCGGAUGCCACGGUAGACACGUCCGAACUCGCCGAUGCCGCCCCGAACUUCCGUUACGUUGUUUGACGAACCUCACGAACGCGCGCGAAUGUUGUUGUCAGUGUUAGUGGAGCGUUGUACGAAAGUUCCCCUUGACCAUGACAAUGUAUUGUACAGUACGCUUGAUAUCAGAGACGCGCUUGGUUCACUA